AUGAGGUUAGGAAUUAUAGAGAAGAACUUUAUAAACCAAAAUAUUAAUGCUUCACAAGAUAAAGGCUCGACCAACAUGCAAAAGUCUAAAGGUCUACACGAUAUCAACACAAAAAGAGACAGCAGUUCUGCUUUUGAUAUUUUAAGUUUCAAAAAGAAUGCAGUAAAACAGACUGACCAGUCCCACUCAGUAAAGAAAGAAAGUAAAAUCAAGGAUUAUGAUGAAGAAGAGUUGAAAUAAAAAGGUUUUAGAAGACAUUAAGAACAAAUAUGACUAUAUCAAUACUCAUGAGGAUAAUGACUCUGAUGAAGACCUUGACGAACUCUUUAAUGAUAUCAUGCACACUCAGAAUGACCAAGAUCAGAACGAUUCUUUGAAAACUGAGGAAUAUAAAGAUAUUUUGGAAACUAACCUCCAAGGUGAGGUAAGAAAGGAAUCUAGAACAAUUGAUGACAAAUAUAACAAAUUGUGGGAAAAUAUUGAAGAAAUUGAAGAUCAGAUUGGAACAGAUAUUUACAUUGGAGGCAACAAUGAAUUUAGUCAAAAACCCUCACAUAAGAUUAAUAAUGAAGCUACGUGUCUGGAAAAGCUAAAAGAAGUACUUGCUGUGAAUAAGAAAAAUCAACCGUCUUAUACUGAAAUGAAAAAUAGAUUAAUAUUUGACAGCUACAAGCCUAUGAGACUCAUAACUGUCAAGGAUCCUAAAAAGGAAACAAAGCAUCUUGUUGAUUUGAAGAAGCUAGAUAAAAUUAAUAUUCUUCAAAAGGAAGCUACACUACUGAAGAUGAACGCGAAGAAGAACUGAUCAAGAAAAGGCACUUAUCAAGGCAUCAGGUUUCUAGAGUAUUCUAAGGAAGAUAUAAUACAAAUUUGAUGACCAUACUCAUCAUAUAAAGUCUUUGGGUUUGUAACCAAAGAGUCAUAUGAUCUUAAAGACUCUCCGAAAAUCAAAUGAGGGUUAGUAGAGCUUUCGAAUCUUGAUAAAGAAUGAAUUUCGAUGUUCCCUAAAGGAAGAAGAAUAUUUCCAGAGAGGCUAUGGAGAUUAAUAUCGAAUACCACUUAUGCAGAGUCAGAUGAUAAAUUACUUAAUACAGAAGAAGAUAUAUUAGAGCUUGAAUUCGAACAUGAAAAUAGUCAAAAACAGGUUAUACAAAUAGCCUACUGAAUUAAAGACUUUAAUUUUCAGAAUUUUCAAAAUCCUUUAGAAUUCGAUGGCUUUGACUACUAUAAUUGGGAAAUAUCAUCUAAUAAAGUGCAAGUCCCUUUUCUUAGCGUAGGAUUUAAUGACAUAAUAAUCACAACCAGAGUGCCUGAUGAAAAUGGAUGGCUUGAAGGAUACAAAGCAAGUGAUCCGGAAAUGAACAUUAAAUUAAUCCAUCAGGAAUGUAUAGAUUUUUUGAAAAUCUAAAUAGUUCCAGAGCUUUUAGGAUGAGCUUUCACAACUCUUGAAUGAAAAGACCCUAAUGUAAUGAGCAAUUCUUAAAAGUUUAAAUACAGAUAACAUUC